GGAGCAAAGAGUGCCAAACCUGUUCAAACUAAGGUUUGCAUAUAAUCAGGCCUUCCCCUCCUUUAAUUAAGUGCUGUCGUCCUGUCGUAGACCUUGUUGAUUUCGACAUUGAAUCUUGUUGACAAAAUGAUAGCAUCUUCUUGGCUGAUAUCUUUAGCCACCGCUUUUUUAGGUGUCUCUUCCGUAGCUCAUGCUCAAACCUUAACUUAUACGAAUGCCAAUACAAAUAUUAGUAGACAAGCGCCCAUGGUCAUGAAUAUGACCUUUGGUGAUUGUACACCAUAUGGACUACCAGUGAACAAUGUCGUCUAUGACAUUCAAUACGGACUAGAGGGUGUCUUUUCUCGUGAUUGGGGCUAUGUUCAAAAAGCGAUUCAAGAAGGCAAGUAUUUAGAUGCCGUGGCCGCUGCCAAUAUGGUUAGCCCAGAUGGAGGAGUUGCUAAUUUGAACUACAACUCCAUUAUCGAUAUGAUCGGUCGGGAAACCGAUGAAGAACAAAUUGAAUCUUUACAAUGCUUGAAAAAGUUGAUUGAUCAAAAACAUAAUCGUAUCGAGACUCUGAUGGCCGAACCGAACCCUACUCACCAUCAACGUUUUCGUGAUACUUUAGAUGCCUCUAUCGACCGACUCAACUCCUCCACUCACAAGACCAAGCGUUUUAAUGACCCUUGGGGAAGCGUUCGCAACGUUGGUGGUUGUUACGGUAGCCAUGCCGCUGUCCGUAGAGAUUGUGGUCAAGCCAUUUCUGGUGCUACUUCCGGCACCAUUAUACUCCCAAGUCAUGACUCUACCAUGAAUGCUUAUGGUAGUUGCUUUUUGACUGCUAAAAGUGGAACUGGUGCUAAUCUCCAGAUUCCUGGAUGGGGUCCCAAGAAUGACGGUUGGAUGAUCUUUUGGAAUUGUUUCGACAGAAACAAUGAUGGUUCCGUGGGUAGCGGUACUGUAUAUGAUUACAGUUAUGAAAUCAAGGUUUGUGUCAGUGAUCGUGCAAGUGGUUGUUGAAAAGUUGAACAAGCAAAAAAAAAGAAAGAAAGAAAAAGAAAACAAAAACAAAAAUUAAUCUCAUCAUAGAAACCAGCCGCAAAUUUUCUUUAAUACACUCCUUACACUCGUUUUACAAACCCUUUCUCUCUUUACUCUCUUUAUAUCGUCUUUCUUUUACUACUUUUUCUUUUUUGGUACCAUGAUCCUUACUGUCAAAGAAUCUUUUCUAUUUCCCUUUUUUUUUUGAUCUCUCUGAUUCUAUCGUUAAAAAGCUUUUUUAUAGAAAUGAAACUCAUCUAUAUCCUCCAUUUGUUUCACUUUGUCUUGUCAACAUCCUUGUUAUAAUAAAAAUAAGAAUGAUAAUUAU